AUGGUCCAAGAAAGAGAAAAGGAGGUGCAGAGUAUCGUGCAAAGCGCUUUAAGACGGUUCUCUGAGGACAGGACAGGACUGGCCGACUACGCUCUCGAGUCUGGAGGGGGCAGUAUUGUGGCCUCUCGCUGUUCUCAGACGUUUGAGUCCAAAGUGGCUCUGCUCAGUCUGUUUGGGGUCCCCCUGUGGUACUACAGACAGUCCCCAAGAGCUGCUAUACAGCCGGACGUCCAGCCGGGUAACUGCUGGCCGUUCCGUGGUUCCUCGGGGGUCCUGGUGCUCCGUCUCUCCUCUCGGGUUCUUCCUUCAGCGUUCUCUUUAGAACAUCUCCCAAAGAACUUGUCUCCAACGGAGAGUCUCCACAGCGCUCCCAAGGACUUCAGAGUCUAUGGUCUGAGGGAAGAAGAAGAGGAGGAGGGGAUACUUCUGGGGACAUAUGAGUAUGACCAGGAUGGAGAAUCUCUACAGACCUACACCACAACUGAGGAAAACCAUGAACCGUUCCAGAUCAUUCUUGUUAAGUUCUUGUCAAACUGGGGUCACGAGGAAUACACCUGCAUUUACCGCUUUAGAGUCCACGGGACCCCAGUCCAGGCUGACCCGGAGGAGGCUGACCCGGAGGAGGCGGACCCGGAGGAGGCGGACCCGGAGGAGGCGGACCCGGAGGAAGCGGACCCGGAGGAGGCGGACCCCGUGGUGGACCUGGAGGCGGACACGGAGAAUACAGCUUUAGAGUCCCAGGAGCAAGACCAAACCCUGGAUUAG